AUUUAAUAUUACAAAAUGUCUGCAGAUAGUCCUUAAGUUUUCAUUGUUGGUAAAAUAGCUGGAGCUACUAAUUUUACACAUUCAUCUAUUUAUGUCAAAUAUUUCUUUAGAGUUGGAGAUCAUUGGAAAAAGAUAUCAGGAUAAGAAGAAGGAGAGACAUUUUAAUCAUCUUCUUAACAUUCAAAAUUUGUACCUCUUGAACAUCCUAUUGAUCUUAAUUAUGUAACUAAAUCUGUUAGAGGAUGGCCUAAAUUACUUGUAGAAGUAUGGGAAGUUGAUGAUUAAGGUAGAAAUUCACUUGCUGGUUAUGGUCUCACUUCACUUCCUAUUGAACCUGGUGAAUAUCAAUUUGACAUUCGUAAAUUAUAUUAUUAUUAUAUUAAUAGCUUGUUGGAGACCUUAAGCUAGUUUCUUUGAUAAACUUAUUGGUGCUUUCCCUGAAUUAGUUCAUAGAGAUCUGUUAUUCUCUGGAGAAAGUAGAUUUGGCUUUAAAGUUGAAUCUACAGGAAAUAUUCAUAUUGAAUUAGCAAUCAUUACUAAAGAUUUUCAUUUACAUGGAGUUCAAAUUUCAAAUAAAAAUUAUUUGAAUUAAUGA